AUUCAACACGCGGCUGGUGUGUGUCUACUCACUGUCUGCUCAAUCCCAAUAUAUAAUUAUUUGCAAAUUGCCAACAUCAGAAAGCUGUCACGGCAGACCACUUCCGGCUUUUGCAUUUAGACAGACGGUUUCACCGCCCAGGGUCCACCGCUUCCCAUCCUAUAAAGUCCAAACAUCACCCUCCUGAAUCCUUACUUUUUCCCUCUUCCAUCCAGACAUCAUGGUCGCUUCAGCCGUGUUGUCUUUAGCCCUGUUGCCUGUGCUCGCUUUGGGUGAUCACCACUGGCAUAACCACUUGUUUGAUCACAGUUUCGUCCAAGUUCCGUUUGAAGUAGUUGAAGAGAUCAAAGAACGUGUGGAUACCGCUAAAGAACACGUUCAGGAUAGAGUUUUUGGGUGUCAGCCGACAUCUACUGUGGUUCAUGGGACGACGGUUGUCCAUCAAACCGUUACCUCGCCUCCGCCCUAUGUGACCCCCAGUGGGUAUCCUGAUGUUCAAAUUGCUGGUUUAAGCACCAUUGACAAGUGGGCUACUCUGCUCACUUGGGAGCAUCAGGGCACAACCACUCUUGCACUUCCGUGCUACACUGCGGCUGGUCAUCACCACGGUCAUCAUAAGAAUCCUGAAUGGGCCGUUUUCUCCAAGAGAAUUCCCGAUGGAGACAUCACGAUCCGCAAUGCGUUCGUUCCCACCAAAACAUUGGGCCAUCAACCUACUUCCACUCAUAGUUACUCGCCUUCCCAUGCCUACACUGUUGUUGAAAAGCCAUCCACUGUCACCGUUACCCGGAUCGUCGAUCAUCACGAUGUAGUCACUCAGACCGUUGACCACCACCACACCUCGACUGUGAAAGUCAGGGAGAUUGACACAGUCUUUGCUAAACCUGUUACCACUACCGUUACUCAGAUCGUCGAUCAUCAUGACGUCGUGACUCGGACUGUUGACCACCACCACACUUCCACUGUGAAAGUCUGGGAUAUCGAAACAGUCUUUGCUAAGCCCGUCAUUACCACCGUCACACGCACCGUCAAUCAUCAUGACGUCAUUACUCGGACUGUUGACCACCACCACACUUCCACUGUGAAAGUCAGGGAGAUUGAAACGGUUUUUGUUAAGCCUGUCACCACUACCGUAACCGUUGCCAUUAGGCCAACUCCGACACCUUAUCAGCGAUAUACCCGAUGCCUCGAGAGCUACACCGUGGAGGGGUGGAAUUAUGUUGUUUUCGAAAAUGCUGCUCAGAUUAUCGUCGACAAUCCGUUUGAAUCUGUGAUUACGAUUUCCGGAGUAUUUGCGCCCAUUGCUAAGUUUCACGUGAGGAUUGAUGGUAAGGACCUCGGAUGGACUAGCGAGCCAAGGGGAGGGGAGGUUCAUGCAUGUUCAGCUCAGGAUCUUGGCGAGAAAUGCAUUGUGGUUUGUGUUGCCGUCCGAUUAAGCUUUCAUUUGUCUGAUCUAUCUUCACUUUAGGGCGGCGCUUCUUGGGGCCAAUGGUCACUCCCUCCUGGGUUCCAUACGGUUGAUGUCGCGUCCAUUGGUACAAAUCGUGAGCCAUGUUCCAGUCUGAUGCGCUCCUCAUCUAAUG